GCCAGAAGAUCAAGAUCUGCUCCAAGUUCAAGGAUUGAGUUAUCAAUGCAAAAUAGAAAUAAUAUUUCACUAAAUCGUGGCGUAAAUAUGUUAUCUGCUAAUAAUACCAGGACAGCAAUUAGUAAUGUAGGAAAUGGAAUGAGGCCUUCAAGAAGAACUAGAUAUGCUUCUUGUUCGAGGUUAGAUUUACCGAUGCAAAAUAGAACUAAUAUUUCACUGAAUCGUAGUGUUAAUUUAGUUGCUAAUAAAACAAGGAGAACAAUUGAUACAAAUGGAAUGAGGUUGCAAUAUGCUUCUGGUUCAGAAAACCAGCGAAGGCUUCUUCAAAGGCUGGCUGUUCUGAAUCAGCGGAUAACUGAAGCGGAAGAGUAUAUGAGGAUGUUAAGACGAUCCGCAUCUUAUUUGAGCCAUCAGGUGCAGGUCAGUCUACACAGACAGAACCUCGUGGAUAUUGAUUACAACAGAAAGGGAUCAAAUGCCCGUCUAGAAGUAAUCAUCGAGGUUCCGUCUGAUGAAUAUUCAUCAGUACCACCGAUAAAGGACUUGAAAGCUUGUGAGACUAAUAGAGAAAGACUGGCAAUACGAAGGUCGAAACAAGCUAGAAGGCGAUUGGUGUUCAAUACCAUUUCGAUGAUACUCGUCGUAUUUCUUCCACUAAUGGGGAUCGGUUUCAUUCUGUAUAGUUACCUAAAUGGACUCGAUCCCCCGAUUUUUACAAGAAAUAUGGUGGGUUGAGAAAUUAAAUUAUACACUAUGUCGAAAAAGUACCAUUAAUUCGAUGAUAAUAACUCAUAAAAUGUAGACGACCUGAGUCAUUGUAAAACCGAAUAAGUACAAACGAAAGUAUAGUUGACGCUUGAACUCGCUCAUGCGAUUACGCGACCUAUCAGAAACGAGAUCAGAAAUAAAAAAUUACAAUAUCUUAAGACGGGCAGUUCAAAUCUGUAUCGGAAGAACAUUAUUCAUAUUCUUGCAGAACAAUAAAAGUGAACUACCUAAUCUAAUAGUAACGAUUAAAUGAUCCUGAGGAAAUAGCUGAAAAUAAAUCAAGAAUUUCAAUUCUAGACAUAAAGGUUCAUAUCAAAAAGCCCUAUCAAAUAGUGAAGGUUAUUUCCUCAUCCGUCUCAAUUAUUUUGUUAUUAAUUCACUAUGUUAUCAACAUCAGAAUAACCUAACUAAAAUAUAUUAACGAUCAUAUUCAGAGGGGAAUUUCUAAGAGGGAAUUGUUCUUCCUCUAUCCAGGUCCGCCGCCAAACAUUUUGGCGACCCGGCAAAAUAAAAUUUUGCCGCCCUGCUUUUCUUAAUUUAUCUGAAUUUUCUUUGUAGUAGCCUCUGUAUUUCCCUCAGGCAUCUUUUCAAUUUCACAUGAAAUUAUAUUUUUCAACUUAAAAUCACCCUAUCAAAUUUAUCAAAGGUUGUUUUGUCGACUUCAUCGAAAAAUGUCCUAAAUUUUUUUAAAAGUACGACGAACUAUAAGUCUAUAGUGAAAAAAGGUAAUUGAAGGAAGUGCCUGAAUAGUACCUAUUUGUAUUUUAUAACUAUAGUUGAGAGCACCUAAUUUUAUUAUUUCACUUCUACAAAGAGUGGAUUUUUCACUAAGAAAUUAUAUUUGUCUCAAAAAUUUAUUUCUUGCUUCAUUAACUGACUGCGUCCCUAAAAUUUGGCGCCCCGGAAAAAUGUCCGGUUUGCCGGUCCUGACGACGGCCCUGCCUCUAUCACUUUCUGCCAAAAAUUGAGCUAAUUCGAAUUGUAUGCUUUUGAAAUACAGAAAUCAUCUAUUAGUGGUACUUUUCUCGAUAUUGUAUAAGGUGUGGCAUUUAAGAGGAUGUAUGUGCAAUAUCU